CCAUGGUCAGUAACCUGCUCUUAUAUUUGAUUCAUUAUUAUUUCGUAUCUUCGAUAAAGAAUAAAUAAAUCCACCCAGUUGCUGAAGAUAACAUGUCCGCGCCGAUCAUGAGUAUCUUUCUCCGCCGGGGUAGUAGUACAGCAGUGACGUCAACAUUCGUCAGGCGCAUCGCUGUAUACAACAAGCCCAGAAUUCUCAGUUAUAAUAAGCCCAGCAAUAACAUUUACUCAGUUACUGCACAGAAACCACCAAACGGAACCAGAAUUGCUCGUUAUCAUCAAUCUCAUCACCAUCUAUCCAAAAUGCAAUCCUACCCCGGCUCCUGCUUCUGUCAUAAAAUCACCUAUAACCUUAACCUCUCAUCUCCGGACGAUGCCCGCACGUCCCUCUGCCAUUGUCGCAGCUGCAAGAAAGCUUUCGGAACGAACUACGGUCUAACCGCCAAGGUCCCCAAGGAUGCUCUUCAGAUCACAUCUGGCACGCUGAAGGAGUAUGUGGGUGAUAAUGGGUCUGGGAGUAUGAUCCAUCGGGAGUUUUGUGGGGAUUGUGGGAGUUAUAUUUGCGAGUAUGGGGAUGCGGUCAAGAAUGACUUCCGGUAUAUUUGUGUAGGGACAUUGGAUGAUCCGGAGGUGUUGCCGCCUAAGGGGGAGUUCUUCUGUCAGAGUAGGGUUCGUUGGAUGCCUGAGAUUCCGGAUGUUUUCCACAAAAGCAAGAUCAAGGAGUGAUGGGUUUGCUCUGGUAUUUUCCCGAAUUUAGCUUCCUUUCAGGUUGAAGCUGUCUUAUUAUGAGCACUCUGUACCCUAGAUAUGUACACUAGAUAAUAUCUUAUGCGAUUUCCGUC